UUCUCUUUCUCUCCCACUCUAUCAUAACUUCUCUCUCUAAAUUCUCUCUAAAAUCUUUCUCUCUCUAAAAAAACCUCUGCAAUUAUGGAAGAACCCCUCAAAAUUCAACAAUCUUCUGCUUCUGCUGCAAAAUCAAAGCUUAGGUAUCCGCUUCGUUCGGCUGCAAAAUUGAAUGAUCAAACUAACAAAUCCCCUGAAAUUGCUAAUAAUUCUUCCUCUGCUGCUUCCAAGAGAGGGAGGACUCCUAGUACAAGCAAAAGUGUGAGUGUUCUUGAGCUUUCUGGCAAGAACACGGAGAAAGCUGCCAAGCCGCCGAGAAGGCUGUCAAUUCCUGCAAAGUCAUCUGUGAGUCCUAGGCAAAGAGCUGCUAGCAACAUUACUCCAAUCUCGGAAGCUAGGUCCAAGAGAUUUGGUAAUGGACCGGAAAGAUGUGUGACGCCGCUGUCUGAUGUUUCUAGAUCAUCAACCCGUAGGAAGUUUAAUAUCCUGUCAUCUGCAUCAUAUUGGCUGUCACAAAUUAAGCUCUCAGAGUCUACUGCUAAACACUCGAUUUCACUUGGGUUCUUCAAGCUUGCCCUCGAGGCAGGAUGUGAGCCUAUGCAGCGUCUGCGUGAGGAGCUAAAAUCUUAUGUGCAGAGGCACAACCUCGCCGAACUUGGAGAGACUGUCAGAAGCUUAUUCGAGGGCUAUGAAAUCUCAGAAACCUUUGAACAAUUGCAAGAAUCUGUGACCUGCUCUCUUGUGCCAGAAGAUGCAACUACUGUCUCUGGUGAGGAUGCUCAGAACAACUCUUCAACCGCGGCAACCAAAAAGUUCAAACCAAAAUCUCUAAACACUGAUACUCAAGCUUCCUCAGCUAAGGCUUCUUCCAAGAAGGAAAAUGUGCCAAGCAUUGUUACAGUAAUUAAGACUCGAGCAUCAAAUCGUGACCCUGCUAAGCCAAAGUUAGGCACUGAAAGCGGGGGAAAUAAUAUUAAGAAGAGAGUUCAAAAGCCAGGCAAGCAAGAGUCAAAUGGAGAGAAAAUCAUGAAGCAGGAUGAAAAACCAGUCUCUGAAGAAGUUGUGGCCAAAGCAUUGGACAUGGAAGAAACACUAGAGGAAAACAAAGAAAACAUGGAUGCUCCACAUAUGGGAGAGGUAAGCGCGACAGAAGUAAAUUAGGCGUAAUCAGCAUCAAGAAUGCUGAAUAUAUGGUCAUAUAAGAUGCAGUAUUUGAUGCUGUUAGUAUUGGUUUGUCUUCAUAGUUUUUAGUGGAGGGCUUUCCUGUUUGUAGAAAGGUUUAAACAAGCAGUUGUGGUGCAAGAUACUCUUUUUCUUCUCCCAUUUAUUUGUAUUUUUUCUACAGGUGGGCGUGAAUCUUUGCAAAUUUGUGUUUGUCUCUUAUCAUAUAGUGAUAUGUUAAUACUAGUAUGUAUUUUAUCUUGUCAUUGGUCUUCCCUGCUCUAAAGGCUCUACAUUGAAUGUUGCCUUUUAAGGGGAAUGGGGCAAUCGUCAUGGGACGGAAGGAGUAGUAAUUAGCUUCGAUUUUGUUGUGUUGCUCAUCUAGGGUGGUUUGUUUUAUUAUUCUUUUAUACUUCAUACAAAAGAUUUUUUUAGUUCAUGACUUCAUGACAGAUCCGAUUAAGUGCUCAAGCUCAAUGCAUAAAGCGUUAAGUGAAAAUUCCGUAGUAUCCUUUCUCUUGAA